AAGUCAUAGAACGUGAUUGCAUCUUGUAUUGCGUUAAGUUUUGCAACAACGAAAAGAACGAACUAAAUUUGGUGUGUGAGUGUCGUGUUGGGGUGGUGCUUUGGGGGCACGGGCGAAGGAAGGAUUUUGAAUUUUGUGACGAAAACGUAAGCUUGUUCUAAUAUAAUCAAAGGUGACAAUUUCACUGCAUUUCUGUAUAUUGAGCUUAGUUAAAUAAUGAAUUCUACAGUAGUAGAAGGUGCUAAACCUUCUUCCCCUUGGGGAAAGACAUGCCAGGCUGAAACCAUAAAUUUUGCUGAUAUAAUGUCCGAACAACUUGCAAACGAUUUACAAGUGAAAGAAAACAAAAUUGCUCAAGCUGUAACAGUCGAAUCGGAGGCUUGUGAUUAUGAGAUAGAAAAUUCCCAAGAAGACAAUGACUUCCUCAUAGCUCAAAUGUUGCAGGCGCAGUUUGAUAAGGAAAGUGAUCAAAAUAUCAAGAAAACAGAGGAGAAAUUCAAUGGCACGUCCAAAGUUUGUGUUUCAUACGUUAAUUACAGGGUUUUUCCAGAUAAUAUGGUACAUGAUAGUGAUUCAGAUGAAGAUGACGUUGAUGACAAACACCGUGAGUGGGAUAGCUUUGUAACCUCUGAAAAAGCAUUCAAAGCUAUGCCAAAAUGUGGUUAUAGAAAAGAAGGAGACAGUAUGGUGACAAAACAUGAUAUGGAAAUAGCAGGACGUCGAAAUGCUUGUCGUGUCAUGGGUUUUCCACCUGAAUUCCACACUGGGGAUGGAGGUGCUUUUGACAUGCAGCUUUCAAACAAAGUUUAUAAUAGCUUGAAAGUGUACUCACGUCAUGAACAGUCCCGCAGAAAUCGGGUGCACGACAAGAGCGAACAGGCAACAGCAGAAAUGUCUGUAGAUCCCGCACUCCGCUUGUUGCUUUACAAAUUGGUGAACCAGGAGUUGCUGGACAGAGUGAAUGGAAUCUUGAGUACGGGGAAGGAAGCUGUGGUUCUUCAUGCAGAUGGUGGCACCAGUGUUGAUCGCGUUGUUCCAAAAGAAUGUGCAAUUAAAAUUUUCAAAACAACACUGAAUGAGUUCAAAACAAGAGAUAAAUACAUACAAGAUGACUAUCGCUUCAAAGACAGGUUCUCUAAGCAAAAUCCCAGAAAAAUCAUUCACAUGUCUGAGAAGGAAAUGCAUAAUUUGGUGCGGAUGCAAAAAGUAGGUAUCCUUUGUCCAGAAGUAGUAUUAUUGAAGAAGCACAUUCUGGUGAUGUCAUUCAUCGGUCAAGAUCAUCGGCCAGCAGAGAAGCUCAAAGAUGUGAUCUUGAAACCUUCAGAUUUGGCUUUGGCUUACGCCCUAACCACGGACAUGAUGAGAAGACUGUACGUAGAUGCCCAGUUGGUGCACGCAGACUUAUCGGAGUAUAACAUAUUGUGGCAUGAUAAAAAAUGUUGGUUCAUUGAUGUAAGCCAGGCAGUUGAACGAAACCAUCCCAAGGCUCUCGAAUUUCUGCUUAGAGAUUGUACGAACAUUUGCAACUUCUUCAGGAGGAGGGGUCUCCCGGAUACCAAGUCGCCUUCAGAGCUCUUCAAGGACAUCACCGACAUGGACCUUCCAGAAGAUGGUGCCGCAAUGCUUUGUCGCAUACAAGACUAUGAGCGCAACAACGAAUUGCUGACUCACCAGCUCACCGAUAAGGAAUAUCCUUUUGAACAUUGUUGGGAGCAGUCCAAAAUUGCUCCUACCAUUGAUUAACAGUUUUCUUUCCGUUGUAUGGGUUUAGGCAUAUCCAAUUACAAGCAUGUGCAGAUGAUUUUCAAACAGCGUUUAUGGGACUGCAUAAGCAGAUAGAAAUUUUUGUCAUAUUGCAAAUAAAUAUAACCAUUAAGAAUUGGUUUCUCAUUAAAAAUUUAAAACUUCAACUGGUAAAUGCUUACACAAUUGGGAAAGUUUAGUUCAUAGGAAGAUAGACAUAGUUGACUAAUCAAGAAACUGAACACCAAACAUUCAUAAAAGCCAUUUUUGUAAGAAAUUUUGUUUACUGUACAUACUCUUCAUAAAAUGUGCAGACUAAUAUACUACUAUUAGCCUGGCACAAUAGGUAUAUUGAUGUACACACUAAUAUAGCAUUUAUUGGCACUGUGGGAUACGGAGGGAGAAAUUAAAUGGCUAGCCUAUACUAUGUUGAACUCUGGCUUACUAAGCCUUCUAGUGCUGUGUCAGAUCCUAGUGUUUUCUUAGCUGUCUGUGGCAUUUUCCUAUCACGGUGCCACUUGGGGCUGAGUUAUAGCAUGGACUGAUCACAGUGCUUGGUAGUAUAAAACCCAGCCUUCGGGCUGAUAACCACACAUACAUCAGUAGGUUGCCCAUAUGGGGUGGAUCAGUGAACUAUUUAUUUAUUUAAAUCAUUAUAACACUGUUUAAAAUAUUUUCAGUAGGAGAGUCCACUUAGGCUAAGCAUCAAACUAAAAUUAUUUUGAUGAAAAAAAAAUUCACAUAAAAAAAUAAAAAAUACCUCCAUUAUACCCCAACAAAGGUAAUUGGGAGGUAUGACUCUAAACGUUCAACCCUAUUUUGAUUCCUGUUAAAAACCUCAAUGUUAUAUUGGUGCUCAACAAGAACCAAAAAAAUUAUUGAAAAAACAAUUUUCACCAAAAAAUUUUAUUGAUGAAACCAAAAUAAAAUUCAUCUUGAGAAAUAACAAAAAUUUGAUUUAAACUUUAUUUUGUUCCAUAGGAGAGAUUUAAACAGAAGCUUUUUUUAUUGUUGCUAAAUGUAUCGCCAAUCUUUAAGCAUAUUGACCACAGCAAUUUACUACAUUCUACCCUAUGUUUUUUCUAGGCCAUAUCUCAGUGUAGAUUUACUCAUUUAUAUAAUUUCACAUGUGAACUUAUUUUUUCGGAAGUUAGGUCUAUGUGCUUUCUCUUCGUAGAGAAACAAAGAUAUUUACAAUAAUAUAGUUGAAAUAUCAUAAAACUCAUAGCAUAUUUUUGGGGAAUGUAUUUUUCACAAAAAGGUUUGUAGACCAGCUGUGUGCUAAAAUGCUAACGUUGUCUGUGUUUCAUGAUUGGUUGAAUAUCUUUCAUGUAAAUGUUCUUUGUCAGCACAUUAAUCUGAGUAAGUUUAGGCAGGAGCAAACACGUCCGGGAUGGCCCAGCCAAAAAGGAUAAUGGUUUCUCUUGCAGAAAGCAGUCAAUUGCAAGCUGUGGCGCAACAACAGGGGGGUGGGGGGUUCAACUUGAAGUGGAGGCAAACGGGGGCAAAGAAAGUGCUGUGUAAUCAAUUUUUAGGUAAUAAAACUGCUUAGAUAGCAUCAUUUUCCACCUUGAAAUACAAAUUUUGCCAGGGGAGGACCCCUGGACCCCCCCCCCCCCCCCCCCCCCCCCCCCCCGCUUCAAUAAGGGGGGAUCGAUGAUUCUUUAUAAAAAGGUAUAUUGCCCCCCCCCCCCCCCCCCCUUUGGAAAUUUAGUUGUUGGGCCCCUGAUUGCAAGGGAGAAACCCCAGUACAGGCAUAGGUACAUAUUGCAGUCCGAUUGUAGGUAACCAAAUUGGAGAUACCGGACCAGGAUUCGAAGCCAGACAUCAGGAAUGCUACCAGUGUCUUAAAGCUGUGUCGUCACACUUCGCCCAAUAAAUUGAGAUGAGCAGUGUGUGCUUUCUGUGUGCGACUUAGUUCUGAUGCAAAUGCUAAAGGAAAGCAUAAAACAGCAUUCUUCUGUCUGCCAUUUGAGAUAUAGCUCUAGUGUUCAUGUGAUAGUAGGGCAGUUACAUUUUGUUCAUAUUUUCUUAAUAUUUUAAUAAUAAGAGAAAUGAAAAUUUCAUCAGGCUUCUUUGUGGACCAAAGUAUUUUUUGUAAUUAUAUACAGAUAUAUAAAUAGUACCUAAUAGAAUGUUGUUUUAGUGCCACAAUGGUUUUGUUCCAACAACUAGAAUUGGUCUGAACUCAAAAAAAUGUGAAUGAAAAUAAUAGUACAAUAUCUCUCUACAUAUAGGUACUUAGUCUGUCCUACAUAGUUACAACUGUUUGUAUGCAAUAGCGGUAACAGGAUUUGGUGGAAAGGGGGAAAAAGGAUUUUAAAAACUUACAUUACUAUUUACACUAACUGACAGACAUAAUGGGCCUGCAUUAGUAUCCAUAUGGGACGUGGCUUCUCACAAGGGAACAUAUGGUAUUUUAGAAAAAUUUUCAUAAUGGAAUUGGGGGGGGGGGGGGGGGGCAGAGAGAAAA